AUUAAACACCCUCCAAAGUUUUCCAUAUAUUAUACUUCGGGUCUUCCCCAAACUUUUCUUCCAUUCAUUCCAACUUUCCAAAUUCUCGCAAACACCAUUGAAGCUGUUUGAGCUCCAUAAACCCCAAACACAUUGAACUCAUUACACAAAAUUUACAUGCAAAAAAUGAAGUCACCGCCGUUCUCUGCUUCUUCUUCUUCUUCCCUCUCCGUCUUGCGUAAAGCUCGCCUCUCUCCCUACCUCUUCACCCUCCUCGCCUUCAUUCUCUUCGUCGCCGUCCUCUACGGCGAGGACCUCAUGUGCAUUUUCAGCCAGCAGCUCGAACCCGCCGCCGCCAACCAAUUCGUCGUCAAGCCCGGGAAGAUCAAGAUGAAGAAGCUGCCGUUCUCCAUUGGGAAGAGUGAUCCGGAGUGCGACAUCUUCACCGGAAGAUGGGUUUGGGACGAGUCGAACCGGCCGCUUUACGAGGAAUCGGAGUGUCCUUACAUCCAGCCACAGUUGACUUGCCAAAAACACGGCCGGCCGGAUAAGGACUACCAGAAAUGGCGGUGGCAGCCGGACGGCUGUGAUCUUCCCAGCUUCAAUGCUACGUUAAUGUUGGAGACUCUACGAGGGAAGCGGAUGAUGUUUGUGGGAGAUUCUCUGAACAGGGGUCAGUAUGUUUCCAUGAUCUGUCUUCUCCACUCCCUUAUACCAGAGGGUGCCAAAUCCAUGGAAACCUUCGACUCAGAUUCACGAACUGUUUUCACAGCCAAGGAUUACAAUGCCACACUUGAGUUCUAUUGGGCGCCAUUUCUUCUUGAGUCAAACUCGGAUAAUGCUGUCAACCAUAGGAUAUCGGAUAGGCUUGUCAGGAAAGGGUCCAUGAAUUACCAUGGCAAACACUGGAAGGGGGUUGAUGUAUUGGUGUUCAAUACCUAUCUGUGGUGGAUGACCGGCUUGAAAUUUAAGAUCUUGCAAGGGUCUUUUGAAGAUGAGGUGAAAGAUAUUGUGGAGGUGCCAACCGCAGAGGCUUAUCGUAUGGCAAUGAAAAGUAUGCUAAGAUGGGUGCGGAGGAACAUGGACCGCAACAAGACAAGGGUCUUUUUCACCGGCAUGUCACCUUCCCAUGGAAAGAGUAUUGACUGGGGAGGUGAACCAAAUGGCAACUGUUACAACCAAACUAGUUUGAUCGAAGAUCGGAACUAUUGGGGUUCAGACUCCCGGAAAAAUAUAAUGGAGGUAAUAGGAGAAGAAUUUAGGAAGUCCAAGGUGCCCAUUUCAUUCCUCAACAUCACCCAGCUCUCGAGUUAUCGCAAAGAUGCACACACGUCAAUCUACAAAAAGCAGUGGAGUCCAUUGACUCCAGAGCAGUUAGCAAACCCUGUUAGCUAUGCAGAUUGUGUUCAUUGGUGUUUGCCUGGUCUGCAGGAUACUUGGAAUGAGCUUCUCUUUGCCAAAAUGUUCUAUCCUUGAUCCUUGAUACUUGUAAAAGAAAAGAAGGGAGAAACAAGAAAAAAGAUACAUUACAAUUGAAUGGUUAAACCCAACCGUAAUAUAUGUCAUUGGAAGACAGAGAGAAGCUGUGUAGAUUUGGUAGUGUGAUUAUGAGAAAAACAGGUGGGGAAUGGCCAUAGGAGAAAAUUGAUUGACAUAUUUUGAAGAUCGUAUAUGAAUGCAAUCUUUUGCUAGAUGUAGGCCUUUGAAGUUCUUUUGUGAUUAUUGUGAAGAUGACCUCUGAACUUUGCACAUCAUCAUC